GGGCGGAGCGAUCGAUAAUUUGGCGACUGGUCAAUUAAGAACUUGAAGUGAUUACUACUUUUAACGUUAUCUAUAUUUGCAUAGGCACUCUGAGGUGAAAUAGAUUCGUUACUUUUGCUUAUGUAGUAGUUGCACAACAAGGAAGGAACAGUUAUAAAUAGAUGGAAAGCGUAUUGAAAUUGUCUUACAAGAAUACGUACAAAUGAAUAAGCCAGGCAGUUUGGAACAUAUAUAUUAUUUUUCAACAAUGUUUUUUUGACCAUUCUUUUUUAUGGUUACUUGCUUCAUGAAUUUCAAACACUGAUUUUAAUUUUGUUAAAUUUCCGGUGUUCGAUGUAGAAGCUUUGACACAAUAAUGAAAUGAGGAUUUUAAACAUGUUCGGGCAUGACAAUCGAUUCUGUGUUUGUAAAUACCUGAAGAGAUAUUGGUGACGUGUAUUCGACUGUAUUGGCGGUUUAAAGCACUGAAUCAUUUCGAUGUUUUUCGUCGCGUUCGAUCGUCGUUGAAUUCUAUUCUACGAUUACUUAUAUAAUAAACGGACUGAAUAUAUCUAUGUGUGCCUUCCUGUAAAAGAUUUGUUUCGAUUUUUAAAAUAAAUGCAAUUAAAAGCGUUCGGAGUCGUAUCUUAUUGUAAAGAAAACAGAAAUCAACAAUAUGGAAAUUUUUAAUUCAAACAUUUUUUUAAUAAUCAGUUUGAUUAUAUUGUGGAAUCAAUUGGAUACAAUUUCAGCUGAAUGUCAACGGGGAGAAAUUGGACAGAGAAAUGUGAUGCUGCAGUUUGAUUUUAAAUGGAGAAUGAAUGAAACAAAAUACAUACAAUGCUACAAAUCAGACAUUAUUAUUGGUCGUUGUAACGGGAUAACUAUUUUAGACUGUUCAGUCGAACUCAAGCAUGUCGGAGUGUACUAUAUUUCAUCAAAUACAGAUUUAUCAAGUGUUAGCCUCUUAAUAGCAACGUUUAACGUAUCAUAUUCUGGCGACUACAGCUGUUCGAAGGUGGACAACCAAGAUGAAAAAAAAAUGUGCAUCAUAGAAAAAGUUGCUACUAGCGGUCCAGAGGCAACAAAAGCGCCUGCUAGCGGAUCAGAGGCGACAGCGCAGGCUAGCGGAUCAGAGGCGACAGAUUUCGGAGAUUGGAAAAUAGUCGGCAUCGUCUUUGUAAAUAUCAUGAGUUCGGCUUUCGGUGGAUUCAGACACGAACGUUUGUUUCAGUGCAUAAUAAUUUAGUUUUACAGUGAUUUAUAUGUGUGGAUUAAAAUAUAUAUCAUGGAUAUAUCAAAAUAACAAGUGGGUUCAACGUGAAUUAAAUUAAUAGUGCUGAAUUACACCUUACUAGUAGAAUAAACCAUAUUUUUCAUUUGUUUUCUUUGUGUUGGACGAUAUAAGGUUUAUUAAUCAGGACGUUAUUUCACGUCAAUAAAACGGAUUGACAACUGCUCACUGUCUAGUGUCUGCCAGAUCGUCGCGCAUGGGUUCAACACAUGUUUAUACUAUCGCUGCAAAAAAGGAUAGUAAACGCAAACGUUUACCGUUAUAUGAAAGCCGUGGUCAAUUAAUCAAUUAAUUCCGAGAGGAAAUAAAAAUCGCGAAAAAUCACCGAAACGAUAGAAAAGUAGUUCUACGGACCAAACUGAAAAAAGGAUUAAAGUAGCAGCGUCAAGCCUCCAAUAAAAAGAUGAUGUAACUGUAAGUGAUAUUCUAUCACAAACACACUCACUUCUUUACCCCUCAAGAAAGUGACAAUAACCUGCCUGUUUUCGUUACAGAACUAACGUCUCACACAUCAAAUACAAUGGCCGAAUCUUCUCCCGACCAUGAAAAUUUUGAAAAAUACGCACGAGAACAAUUACAUUUUCUCAGGAUCUCGGUCUCAAACUUCUUGAAAAACUAAACAUUAUACCAAAGCGCCUUGUUGAAUAUGAAGUCAGAAUGGAGCGCAAUGAAAGCAUGUACAAAGAACAAAGGAAAUCUUAAGAUUUUGCCCAUAAUGAAGUUACUUACAUAAAGACUACACGUAAAAAAAUGAGAGCGCAGUGUGAAUCCCUACGCUCCUUUUGCACUGGCAUACACAAUACAUGUACAGUAAAAUUACCAUUACCGGAUCAUUACCCAAAGCGGAUCACUUUGAUGUUCAAGACUGCGUAUCGCGAUAAAUAGUUGACAUUUUUAGAUGAUAUUUUGCACACAGCAUCUUCAAGGCCUGUUAUUUAAAACGCAUUGAUUGAGUCGUAAUCGGAGCUACUCUUUGUCAAACAUUUUGGUAUGUUUUGCUGACAUGUAUAUACGACUUUUUUGACUUCCGUCUCGUUUCCAAAUCGAGGUUCAACUUUUUUCGCGGCCACAUGCUAUCACUAGAUCUGUUGGAAAGUAAGAAGUUUAAGCAUUAAUUUAAAGGCCAUUUAGUAGUCUUUCAGCCUGCUAAAGUCCAUGUCAGUUUUGAUUCUUGUUUAAGAUUUUGCAAUGAAAAUGAAAUGAAGAAUUAAGGCAAUAACUGAUCAAGCGUGAUAAUAUGCGUAUUGAUAAUAUAUUAUAUUAAAAUAUAUGCAAAUAGUGUUGAUUCCUACAAUAAAUGAUCUCAAUCAAAUGGUUUUGAUAAGAUAUGAUUAAAAAAUUUACAUGGUUUAUAAGAUUCCCAUAUCUAUUUGAUCUUUUUCGGAUUUUCAUCAGAUAAUUCGCACAAAAACACCGUGCGUAAAGUGUGGAUACAAUAUCACAUAUAGAAAACAAUUAAUAACAAAACAUUAACAUAAUUUAUAACUGUAUAUGUAACUUGGUCAUUGUAAAGAACACAUUUCAUGUUUCGACAGUUCAAAUAGCGUGUUUGUUGCCCCCCCCCCCCCCCCCUGAGUGGUUUCAGUCACGUGAUCCAUUAUGGCUACAACUGAUCCGUUAAUGCAUGCGAAAAAAAAGUAUCACAAAUACAUUUUGCCUACGUUUAAAAAUAAGGCUAUGUGUUGAAUCAGUAAGCCACAAGGUAAUAUUUAAUAAAACUCGUGUAAAAGAAGUCUAAAAACAUUUAUUGCUUUUCACCAGAACAACUUAAUUACGCUACUGAUCCGGUAAUGGUAAUUUGACUGUACUUAAAGGUGUUUUGACCUGUACCAUGUACAUGGUUUCCACUGCUUUUUAAUUGUAUUUAACUUCAUUCAGUAAAACUGCAGUUGUGAACAAAAUACCCUGGUAAUCUUUUUUUCUUUGUGUAUUAAGUUAAAACUCAAACAAUAUUUGGGUAAAUUUGUGCGAAAUCUAGGUAUGGCCACUAACACGAUACACAACACGCGUGACCUACUCGUUAUCGGUCGGAUCCGAUUAAUGAAUUAUAUCUUCAGGUUUAAAGACACACCUUCGCAUUUGUAAAACUCUUGCAAGAUAUGUACAUUUCCCGUAAGGAAAUUCAUUUCUGCGUUGAAUAAGACAGAGUUCGUGAAAAUCGCUGCACACUUGAUGAAGUUAUGGCUGUCCAAAGCCCUUUUCGGGUGAUUUUGAGUUGAAUACAUUGUUAUAUAUAUUUGAUAGUGAUUGUUUUAAAGAAAAGUUGAUUUUUCGUUAUAAUUUGAUUAUUUGUCAUUCAAAAUGAUGUUUUCACUUAUUAAUAUCAUAGCCACACGCUAACCACCUGUGAUUUUCUUGUGUGCAAUUCUGUUGUUUUUGUUUAAAAAUUAAUUCUAAAAAAUGAAUCAGUCGAUUCAUAUUUUUUUUAAAGAAGAAAUGUUGCUAUCAAAGUUAAUCAGUAAAUCAGUAUUAUAUAUAUUGAGAGAAAUAUAUUCAACAGUUUUCUCAUUAUUUUACUCAAUUGUUAAAGGGACCGUCAACCGCGAUUGACGAAAAAAGAAAAGUUCUAAAACACCGUAUUUUUUUUACAGUUAUUAGUUUAUAUUGAUUAAAAUAUCACGACAGGUAUAUUACAUUUCUUGAAAAAAGUUCUUAUUCUCAGUAUAUUCGGUAAUAAAAUUUCGCGAUGUGAAAUCGAAAGUACAUCGCGAAAAUAGGGGACAUAACGAUAUACACACUAUAAAUAACGCAAGUAGAUUAAUCAUUUUAUAAAAACAAUAUAUACAAUUCACUACCAUUGCACAAUUUGCAUUCCUGGGUUUACCACGUGACGAUGAUGAUCAAUCUACUUUCGUUAUUUGUAGUUAAAUGGUAGUUACCUGGUACCUGUACCCAGUAAAAUUUAUUACCAAAUAUACUGAAAAUAUGAAAACUUAACAGCUUUUUUCAAGUAAUGUUAUAUACCUCUCGUGAUAUUU